AUGAGUGAUGGUGCAGAAGCUUACUGUACAGACUGCAAACACUGGAAAGCUGACAGCGACGGGGAGGGAAAAGGUCAGGGGGAGCUGUCGCCACAUGGAAAUGCUUUCAGUGCAGAUGACGGCGGCCUCACUGAGGAGGACUCUGAUCAUUCGGGACGGAGGGACCAAAUUGAGACGCCAACAGGAGAAAGGAGGCCUCACCUCAGCCCUGAAGAGAAGGAGAGAAGGAUGGAGGAGAAGAAAACAAAGGCCCUAAGCAUGCUCUCAAAACUGCAGGAUGACGCUCCUCGUCAGGCGAAAAGCAGCAAAGGUCGCUCCAACUUUGAGGACUUCGACUUCUUGGCAAAGUUCUGCAUUUUCAGUCAGGAGAAGCUGGCCGAGUACAAAAGAGCUUUUGAAGCAGAGGACGGCGACGGUGACGGCUACAUCUCCUGCCUUCAGGUUCUACUCGCUCUCAAAAACAUCCUGCCUGCAGAGCUGCUGUCUGAAGAAGAGGAGAUCUUCGUCUACAGGAUCCUGGAGAUGGUGGACUUCAGAGUGACAGAUGGACUCGUGGACCUGAGGCUCUUCGCUGUGAUCACCAGCCUGGCUCAGAAAAUCGCCUCCAUGGACGAGUUUAUGCGAUCACUCAUCAGCGACAUGGACUUCCGCUCGCUCGAAGUGCGUCUCUUCAAAGCAAAGCAACUGUUCCUGUUCCUCCUGGACGAGCAGCGAGGAGACAGCGCGGCCCAGCAGGGCUUCAUCAGCGCCGAGCAGCUUCUGCUGGAGCUGAAGGCCGGAGGGAUCCAACUGGAGCACGAGGCCGCCGUCAGGCUGGAGCUGCAGCACAUCCCCCCGCUGGACCUGCUCGACUUCCUGGCCUACCUGCCCCUCUUCAUGCUCAUUCACAAGUCGGUCAUCUCCAACCCUCUCGAUAGCUCCGGCAACCUCUGAACUCAAGUCACUGUGAUGUCUUGCAACCGACAGCUCAGGUAUCUGCAUUACUGCCAAUCAGAUCACCAGAAUGCUUUGAAAAAAAAUAAACAUACGGUGAUUUCUCUUCACAUCUGUUCCUUACAAAACAGUUUAGUCGACUGCGGAGAUAUCAGGUGCCUCUGAAAAGUUAAUACAGGUGAUAACAAGACAAAAAGACCUUCAACCUGCUUGGUGCUUACACUGUUGAAAAGAGAAGUUUAAGAUAAUAUGCGACAUUCUGAACAUUAAUAUAGCACAAAUUAAAUAUACCUGAUUGUGUAGUAAAGACUUGAUACAAAGAGAGAGAAUUAAACCCCCCCCCCUCUGGAUUUGUUGUUCUGAGCUCUGUGUUCACACUCUUCCUUCAGCUCGUCUGUUUUUCACUCAGAGGCUCAUACAUGUUUCAUACGUGUGUGUGUGUGUGUGUGUGAACCCCUCCCUGUCCGACCAUUAGCCCUGCCUCCACAUGUGGGGAAGGAAGACGGCCCAGCCCACUCAGGGAAGCUGUGGCUAGUGGCAGAAUUAUAUGGCCUAAAAAGUCAAACGUAUCACAACAGAAUCAACUUUGAGAUGCAUUUUAUUUCUUAAAAAUUGAAACUUGUUUUCAAAUGUUUUUUUUUAGCUCUCAUCAGCAGCAGUUUCUGUCCCUGCUGGUGAAACAGGGCGGGAUGGGCCAUGGGAGUGUGCAUAAAUCAUGUGAAAGUCUAGAUAAUCCACGAUUUACAUUCUUCUACACAACAUAUUGAACACAAUAAGUCUUCAUUUGUUAUUAUCCGUUGUGCAGCCUUUGUCAGCGCCACGCCCCCAUAUCAUGUAAACUGGUUUGUGGGUUUCUUUGAUCUGGUCUCUGUUGAACGCGUCACAUAAUCUCCCUUUUGUCCCACAAUGAUUUAUGGCCUAAACAUACCGAGGGCUUUCACUUUCCUCUUCCUUUAGAUGAUAACAUGUUUGAGAUGAUGAGAAAUAUGUAUUAAGAGUUGUGUCGUUAACGUUUGCAGAGAGCUGUGAAGUGCUGUCUGUGGUCCUGAAAUGUUCUCCAGCAGAGGCAGUGAGGGCUUUGUCUCUGUCAAAACACACCACAGCACUUUAACACGUGUUGCAUCAAGCCUCUAACUCCUGCAUGUUAUUGAGAACAAGCUGCUGUGGACGCAGAGUUCAUCAUGUAAAUGUUCAUGACGCAA